CUUCUCUCUUCUCUCUUUCUCUCUCUCUCUCUACCUAGUUUGAGCUCACCACCAUUAUUGUUAGCUUCUUCUUCAUACACUUGUUGCAGUAGUUCUAUCUGAGUCUCUGUUGUCUGUUCACCCAUGGCUGCUUUAGCUUUUGCAGCACUGCUUCUCUUGGCCAUGGCUGGCCAGUCAAGUGCCAAUUGGUGUGUGUGCAAGUCUGGAAGUGAUGCAGUAUUGCAGAAGACAUUAGACUAUGCCUGUGGAGCUGGGGCUGACUGUAACCCCAUAAAAUCAUCAGGGUCUUGCUACAACCCCAACAGUGUUAAAGCUCACUGUGACUAUGCUGUUAACAGCUAUUUCCAGAAGAAGGGUCAAGCUCAAGGCACCUGUGACUUCGCCGGCACCGCCACCCCUGUCACAACCGAUCCCAGUGUUACUGGUUGUACUUUCCCCUCUAGCGCCAGCACUUCCGGCAGUACAACUCCAACCACUGGCACAGCCACACCAACCACUGGCACAACCACACCAACCACUGGCACAACCACGCCAACCACUGGCACAACACCAACAACUUCCGGUACCACACCAACAUCCACCGGAACUACUGGAACAACCACCGGUGCCACUCCAUACACUGCAACUCCUGGAGUAUUUGGUGUGAGUCCAUCAGGAGCUGGCUACACAGAUGACAGUGCUGGGAUCAGACUCAUCAACAUGACUAGUUUGUUCUCUUUCAUAACAUUAUUCUUUUCAGGCUUGAUGCUUUGGUGGGGUUGAUUUGAAAACAUGAGAGGUGGGGUAAGGCUGGAUAUCUGCAGUAGUAUAUGCAUGUGAUGCUGCUCUUGAUUAUUGAUGCUGCAGUACCCUGCUAAGUUUUUGUUUUCCAUAUCCAUCCUAUUUAGAUCUAUUGGGCAAAAGUGGAGGAGCUUUUGAUUCCUUUUGGAUGGUGUUGCUGGUGGGACUAUGGAAGCGUAUCUUUCUGUCUUCAACUAUUUUCGGUUUUUGUAAAUUAGAUCUAAUCUGAGUGUACUACUAGCUAGUGUAUUAGUGUAUUAAUUUGAUGAGGUUCGGACACUCGUUGGUAUUAAGGUUAUUUCUCUCUAAAUUAUUAUGAUCUUGUUUCUUUGUGUUGGAUC